AUGGGAGUCACUGAUUUGUGGCAAAUUUUGGAGCCUGUUAAGCAACACACCCCCUUGCAUAGUCUUGGUGGAAAGACCAUUGCAGUUGACCUGAGUCUCUGGGUAUGUGAAGCACAGACCGUCAAAAAAAUGAUGGGAAUAGUCGUGAAACCCCACCUCAGGAAUUUAUUUUUUCGUAUCUCAUAUUUAACACUUAUGGAUGUGAAACUGAUGUUUGUUGUGGAAGGGGAACCCCCAAAAUUGAAGGCUGAUGUUAUAAACAAGAGGAAUCAGGCUCGUUAUGGAUCUUCAGGAAACCCAUGGACUCAGAAAACAGGGAGAUCGCACUUUAAAUCAGUCUUAAAAGAGUGUUGUCAAAUGCUGGAAUGCUUAGGAAUUCCCUGGGUACAAGCAAAUGGAGAAGCUGAGGCCAUGUGCGCUUUUCUUAAUUCCAGUGGCCAUGUAGAUGGCUGCCUCACCAACGAUGGAGAUGCUUUCCUUUACGGGGCCCAGACUGUCUAUAGAAACUUCACUAUAAAUAUCAAGGAUCCACAUGUUGAUUGUUAUACAAUAUCAUCCAUCAAGAGUAAACUAGGUUUGGAUAGAGAUACUCUAGUUGGAUUUGCAAUACUGCUUGGAUGUGAUUAUCUUCCGAAGGGAGUCCCUGGAGUUGGAAAAGAACAAGCAUUAAAACUUACACGCAAUUUGAAAGGGCAAAGUUUGCUUCAGAGGUUUGAUCAGUGGAAUGAAAAAUCUUGUGAUUCUGAUCCACAACCACUAAUUACUAAAAAAUUGCCUCAUUGUUCUGUGUGUGCUCAUCCAGGCUCACCUAAGGAUCAUGAACGUAAUGGAUGCAAAUUUUGCGAGAGUGACCGAUAUUGUGAACCACAUGAUUAUGAUUACUGCUGUCCCUGUGAAUGGCACCGUUCAGAACAUGACAGGCAGCUACAGGCAUUAGAGACUGGUAUUAAGAAGAAAGCAUGCAGUUGUGAGGGUUUCCCAUUCCAUGAGGUUAUUCAAGAAUUCCUUUUCAGCAAGGAUCAGUUGGUAAAGGAAAUUAAGUACACAAGACCUAAUUUAUUAUUGUUUCAGAGAUUUACGCUUGAAAAAAUGGAGUGGCCCAAUUCCUAUGCAUGUGAAAAGUUGUUAGUACUUUUAACCCACUAUGACAUGAUUGAAAGAAAACUUGGAAGAAAGAACUCAAAUCAACUACAGCCAAUUCGGAUAAUUAAAACCCGAAUUAGAAAUGGAAUCCAUUGCUUCGAAGUAGAAUGGGAGAAGCCUGAACAUUAUGCUAUGGAAGAUGAACAUGGAGAUGUGGUUCUACAAACAAUAGAAGAAGAAUCAUAUAUUGAAGCAGCUUAUCCUGAGAUUGCUGCUGUUUACCGGAAACAGAAGUUAGAAAUUAAAGGGAAGAAACAAAAAAGCACGAAAGUUAAGCCUAAGAAAAUCAAUUUGUUAGAAUUAGAUGAGAUGAAUUUCCAAUCACACAUGACUUCAAAACCCACAUGUGAAAUCAUUUCUAAGCAGAAUUGCAAACUCAACUGGGAAAUUUCCCCUGAUUCUACAUCAUCUCUGGAAUCAGUACCAGCAUCAUUGAAUAAUUUAAUUUUAUCUGAAAAUACUUCCUGUUUAAAUACACAAGAACAGUUAAAGUCUUCUCUAAAACCUUUGUCUAUGCAGCAAAUUAUAACGGUUGAUGAACCUCUAAUUUCAGAACCUAAUCAGUCUAAUACCUUAUCACAAGAUGCAUCACUGUUUACUGAUCUACAUCUGAGCACCAUUGACUGGGAAGGCACUUCUUUCAGUAAUUCUCCAGCUCGUCCCCAAAACACUUUAUCUCCUGGUUUAAAAUCAAAAUUUGAAACUCCCAUUCCUGCUACCUUUAAAAAUAUCCAAGAGCAAUUGUCAUGUCACUCAGAAUGGGAUACUACCAAGAGUAGUGAAAUAUUGCAUUGGAAACUUCAAAAGACAAAUCCCGAAGAUCAUCUUCUUUCUAGCAUUACUGAUUUACAUCUCCAGGAUUUGCAGAAUUUGCCUUUAAAAGAACGAAUGCAUAUAAAAUUAACACAUUCUCAGGAUUAUGUGCACCCAAAUAUUGGCCUGAAAAUUUUGUCCCCACCUAACAUAAAAGAUUACUUUGCUAGUAACCAUUCUGAUUGCCCAUCAGAUAUGUCAAAGGCUCCUCUAAGAAUUGACUUGCAGAACGAAUCUAAAAACUCUAAAUUCCUAAAAGGAGAUCACUUACUUCAAGGGCACUGUAAUGUAAAUACUUCUAGGCCUUACUCAGUCAGUAACCAAAAAGUGAAGAUCUCCAGUAUUGGAGUUGAGCCUCUAUAUACUUCAUUGGAUCACAGUGAAAAAAGAGAUUGGCAAACCAUUGAGAGAACUAUACAAAGAAGAGUGUUUUGCCUCGACAGAUAUUCUUCUGAUGAAGAAAGUUUUCCUGUGUUUGGGGAAGCUAAGCACACCACUCGAAAAUCAAAGCAGAGGUCUGAGGAGCAGAUAAAUCAGUGCAAGGAAAGUGAUGCCAACAAUUUGAGUAACUAUGAGAUAGACAUUAAAGGAACGGAACAUUUUACAGCAUAUAAAACAGCUGGAAAUGAAGAUUGUUCCCCGGAUACAGCAAAAAGUUCUCUGAGUUCCCUACAGUAUCAUAAGGGAAAAAAUGACCCUGGUAAUUGUUUGGAUAGUCCUCUUCCUUUGUCUGAGAGAUUAAAGCUUAGAUUCCAAAACACUUAA